AUGUUCUCGCAGCGGAUUCCUAGUGCUGGCGCAAUUCGAGCCAGCAAUCUUUCCUUUCGUUGGCCAUGGCAUCAGAUUCGCAGCUUUCGCGGGACUGCACAACGGUCUCAAGAUGUUUUUCACGCACAACUCGAGGAUCCCCAAGCUGCUGCUAUUCUCUCAUCGUUGAAGACCUCCCCUAGAAUUCCCCAAACCCUCACGGAGAAGAUCGUUCAGCAAUAUGCCGUUGGGUUAGCAAAAGACAAAUAUGUGAAGUCAGGCGACUAUGUCACGAUAGCACCGCAUCACUGUAUGACGCAUGACAAUUCAUGGCCGGUCGCCUUGAAAUUCAUGUCAAUAGGCGCGUCCAAGUUGAAUGAUCCUAAGCAAAUCGUCAUGACACUUGACCACGAUGUGCAAAAUAAGUCGGAGAAGAACUUGACGAAAUACCGACAAAUUGAAGAGUUUGCAAAGAAACAAGGGGUGGACUUCUACCCAGCUGGGCGAGGCAUUGGGCAUCAAAUUAUGGUCGAAGAAGGUUAUGCGUGGCCUGGAACGUUGGUUGUUGCCAGCGACAGUCAUACCAAUAUGUAUGGUGGUAUCGGCUGCCUUGGGACCCCUGUAGUCAGGACGGACGCUGCCAGCAUCUGGGCUACUGGAAGGACUUGGUGGCAAAUCCCUCCAGUUGCCAAGGUUACGUUUACAGGCGUCCUACCCAAAGGUGUCACUGGGAAAGAUGUGAUCAUAGCUCUUUGUGGUUUGUUCGACAAGGACGACGUCCUCAAUCACGCAAUCGAAUUCACCGGUUCGGAAGAGACUCUUCGAAGCUUACCGAUUGAUGCUCGGCUCACAAUCGCAAACAUGACGACUGAAUGGGGCGCUCUUACGGGGCUGUUUCCUGUCGACGGAGUUCUCCAAGGCUGGCUUCGGGCAAAAGCUACAAUGUCGGCUCUGGACACGUCGGAACGCAGGGCAGGAAAUGAACGAUUUUCUCAUCCUAGACUGGAUCAACUAUUUGAAACUCCACUUGCAGCCGAUAAGGGGGUUCGAUAUGCAAAAUAUCUUCACCUCGACCUCAAUACCCUUUCGCCGUACGUUUCCGGACCAAACUCAGUCAAGGUGGCGACACCAUUGAACGUGCUGGAGGACCAGGGCAUCAAAGUAGACAAAGCUUACCUCGUUUCUUGCACAAAUUCACGUGCUUCUGAUCUUGCCGCCGCUGCUAAAGUUUUCAAGGACGAGGCAGAAAGGAACGGUGGUAAAGUCCCCAAGAUUGCCGGAGGCGUCAAGUUCUAUAUUGCGGCGGCAUCGCUGCCCGAACAACAGAUAGCUGAGGAUGCGGGUGAUUGGCAGACCCUCAUCGACGCUGGUGCCGUUACCCUUCCUGCAGGAUGCGGACCUUGUAUCGGAUUGGGAACCGGCCUGCUUGAACCCGGCGAAGUAGGAAUCAGCGCAACGAACAGGAACUUCAAAGGUCGCAUGGGGAGCACCGACGCAAAAGCAUACCUCGCCAGCCCCGAAGUUGUCGCUGCUAGUGCCCUCAGCGGCAAAAUUAGUGGUCCAGGUUGGUACGAAAAGCCCGAAGGAUGGUCUGGUGUCAUUCGGGGUGAAGGCGAUGGCAUCAAAGAAGAAGACCGAAUGAUCACUGCAGAUGAGGCAUUCCAGAAGAUUAUCGACCAGUUGGACAGCAUGAUUGAAUCAGCCGAAGAAACCUUUGGAGAGGGAAACGACUCGAGCGAGAGCGUGACAGGCCCGACUGAAGUUUACCCGGGAUUUCCUGAGCGAGUAGAAGGAGAGAUCGUUUUCUGUGAUGCCGACAACAUCAACACGGACGGGAUCUAUCCAGGAAAAUACACUUAUCAGGACAGUGUGUCUGUUGAAAAGAUGGCCGAGGUAUGUAUGGAGAACUAUGAUCCCAAGUUUUCCUCGAUCGUCAAACCUGGAGACAUCCUGGUCUCGGGCUUCAACUUUGGGUGCGGCAGUUCUCGAGAACAAGCGGCGACUGCCAUCCUGGCGAAGAAGAUCCCUCUGGUGGUUGCUGGCAGCUUCGGCAACAUUUUUUCGCGAAAUAGUAUUAACAAUGCCUUGAUGGGUCUCGAGGUACCUAAAUUGAUCCAACGACUGCGCGAGACUUUCUCGGAAUCCUCAAAAUCAACGACGGAAAAGCAAAUCACAGAGCCUGUUGGCCACAAAGAGAAUCAACAGAGCCUCGACGCACCUCUCUCUGCACCAACACAGCCACUUGAAAAGCAACUUUCUCGUCGGACUGGUUGGACUUUGGUUUGGGAUGUCAAGAAAUCUCAAAUCGAAGUUACAGAGGGCCUGAACGGGAAGAAAUGGACCGAAAAGGUAGGAGAGCUACCACCGAAUGUACAGGAAAUCAUUGCCAAAGGCGGUCUUGAAAAAUGGGUACAGAAAGAGAUUGCCGCAGCGUGA